AUGCCUACGUCACUCCAUCCGCAAGCUAAAUUCGACCCGUUCCCGCCCGACUUGGAUCUGUAUAGCUUGGUAGAUCGGACGCCAAACUUUAACUGGGUUCAAAGGGUAUCGAGGGCGCAAAUUCGCAAUCUAGGCCAACUAGAGUUCGAAAAACUUAUUCAAAUACACGUCAUCGCCGGAGGCAAGCCACUCGUCAUUGAUGGCUGGGAUGCCGCAUUGCCCAAGUGGCUAUUUAAUGUUGAAUGGCUAGAGAAGACGUAUGACAAGAAACAGGAAAACGUACGUGACAUAACGGCCGGAACCGACAUUCCCAUGACAACUGGUCAUUAUCUCAGAUCGAUGAAGCAAUUGACAAACCAAUGGACGCCGCAAAAUUUCAGAGACGAACGCAGACAAAGACUGUAUCUAAAGGACAUUGACUGCCCAGCUGAAUGGCGGGACGCUUUGCAGAAGACUUUGCACCCGAAUCUGUUUUAUCUGAACGAAAAUGUGACAACCUACUCAAGUUCCAAUCUGAGUAACAUGGAACCCACCGGGGAACAGAAAGGUAACGGUGAACUUGACAGUGCAAUUGCUGCCGCCCCAGCAGGUGACCUCAUGUCAAGUCUUCCCAAAGAAAUGCGAGCAGAAAACUUGAUGUGCUAUAUUGGUCACGAGGGAACGUAUACGCCGGCUCAUCGGGAAAUGUGUGCAUCCAUCGGACAGAACAUUAUGGUCGAGGCUUCCGGCGAUAAAUCCGGAGAGAGAUCUGGAAGCUCCAUUUGGUUUAUGACCGAAAGCAAGGAACGCGAUGUAGUCCGUGAAUACUUCUUGUCAAUGCUGGGCCAUGACAUUGAGAUUGAAAAGCAUUUUGCGCAGAUCAACGCCUGGAAAAAGGCACCCUUUGAUGUUUAUCUGGUUGACCAGCGACCUGGUGAUUUUAUCAUUAUUCCUCCUCUUGCAGCCCAUCAAGUUUGGAACAAGGGCACGAGGACGAUGAAAGUGGCCUGGAACCGCACAACACCUGAGACGCUUCGCCUCGCACUGCACGAAGCGCUUCCCAAAGCGAGAUUGGUAUGUCGCGAUGAACAAUACAAAAACAAGGCCAUCAUCUAUUACACACUUGAAAAAUAUCACAAUUUGUUACAAGAGAUGGACAAGCAGGAAGAAAUUACCCAAAACAGCUUUAUGGGUUUUGGUCGAGACAUCGUGAGGAGCUCCCCGCAUGCCAAACGGUUGUCUGCAGAUUUCAGAUCUCUCUUCCAGCUUUUUACGGAGAUUCUUAUUGACGAGGCUUUCGCUUACGAAGAAAAGAAGGUGGAGCUAAUACCCUUCGACUCUUGCAUCACUUGCUCAUACUGCCGGUCAAAUAUUUUCAACCGGUUCCUCACCUGCAAAAAUUGUGUCAGAACCCUCGUGGAUGGCGAGGAUGAUGCCUACGAUAUAUGUAUGGAAUGCUACGCCAUGGGAAGAUCCUACACGGAGACUGUUAUCCAGGAAGACGCGGAGCAACACAGUGAAGCGAAUGAGGCGGCCAUGACGAAGACAAAUCAAGAGAGCCAUUUUGACGAAGGCCAUCAAAGCCAGGACUAUUCUGCGAUAUCAUGGAGUGGUCAUGAUGCCACAGAAGUGUUGAAUGAAGGCCCGGAGGCUAAAGAAAGCGACCAGGCGACAUUCACCGCUGCAGCUGGCAGUCCACCUGGAACUUCCUAUCCUGAUCCAUCCACAAGUUCCGGCUAUGGAAUCGGCAUGGGAUACUACGAACAAGAUGAUACGCCUGACAAGAUCUUGUUCGACCCCUACAAAGCGCCGCCCGCCGGCGCAAUGACGCUCAACAGCCUCGAGGUAUCCGACUUCGUGAAAAGGUCCAUUCGCGCGGCGAAGAGAAAAGCAAAGCGAGAGAACGAGGAUCCAGACUUCAUUGUGGGAAAACCGCAUCAUAAGAGGGUCCGCCAUCAUAGUAGCACAGAGAUUAUGGAUAACAUGGAUCCGGCUCUCGUUGAUCCAAGUCUAUCUUUAGCACCAUCGAGUUCAACCCAAAAGCGACAUCAAUAUAACAAUGCAGGCGAUACGAUUUGGAAGCAGAAGCUGAAGAGGCAGAAGCUGAAGAGGCAGAAGCUGAGAAGGCAGCAGCUGAGAAGGCAGAAGCUGAAAAGGCAGAAGCUGAAAAGGCAAAAGCUAAAGAGGAGAGUGCCUGGAGGGAACCACAAGACAACGAUCAGGUGUCCAAAAACCUCUGCAAUAUGCAUUCAACAAAUGCAGAUGCGGACUCAGAUGACUUGGUCCAUGCUAGCCUUCCUGUAUAUGAGCCAAGACUACGAUCAGCUUCCGCCGGAUUUGCCUCGGAACAGAAAUCGAAGAAGCGUGGCCGGCCUCGACAGUUACCCCUGCAGCCGCGCACAUCCCACGAACCAGACUUAG